GCCUUUGCUGAGUUCUCCGGGCGGGACGCCGUCUCCCGACUGUUCGGGCGCUACUGAAAACUACUCACUGCCAGUGUCGGGGUCCUGUGUUCACGACCACCACUGAAUAGUUGAGGGCCCUGUUCGCUUCCUGCACGGAUCCAGCCUCGGCGUCCUCUCAGCAGCCGGUGUCGCCACUGGCGCCGCCGCCCGAGCGGCAGGCCGCUGCGGAUCGCGGAGCCCAUGAAGGCUCGGGCCCCGCCGCCGCAGUGGCGGCGUCGCCAGUGUCUUGGAGCGCUCCGAACCUGCUCUGGCAUGACGGCGGCAUGAGCACGGACGGGGAGUCGCCGGAGGAGCCGAGGUGGAAGGCGGUGGCCUCACCCAAGGCGUCAACCAUGCCUGAGAAGCGCGGGAGCGCUCAGGCCGCGAGCGGCAGCUGGCUACAAGGUUUUGGCCACCCAAGUGUUUACCAUGCUGCUUUUGUCAUCUUCUUGGAAUUCUUUGCGUGGGGCCUGUUAACAACUCCAAUGUUGACUGUUUUACAUGAAACAUUUCCUCAACACACAUUCCUCAUGAAUGGGCUCAUUCAAGGUGUAAAGGGCCUGCUCUCUUUUCUGAGUGCUCCGCUCAUAGGCGCUCUCUCUGAUGUUUGGGGCAGGAAGCCCUUUCUCCUUGGCACGGUCUUCUUUACCUGCUUCCCUAUCCCACUAAUGAGGAUUAACCCAUGGUGGUAUUUUGGCAUGAUUUCUGUAUCUGGAGUCUUCUCAGUCACUUUCUCUGUAAUUUUUGCCUAUGUAGCUGACUUCACUCAAGAGCAUGAAAGAAGUACUGCUUAUGGCUGGGUCUCAGCCACCUUUGCAGCUAGUCUGGUUAGCAGCCCAGCCAUUGGGACAUACCUCUCUGCAAACUAUGGAGACAGUCUUGUUGUGCUAGUAGCCACACUGGUGGCUCUCCUAGACAUCUGCUUCAUUUUGAUAGCAGUUCCGGAAUCUCUAUCGGAGAAAAUUAGACCUGCUUCCUGGGGAGCUCAGAUCUCUUGGAAACAAGCGGACCCUUUUGCGUCAUUAAAGAAAGUUGGAAAAGAUUCUACUGUCUUACUGAUCUGCAUCACAGUGUUUCUCUCAUAUCUUCCUGAAGCUGGGCAAUAUUCAAGCUUUUUUCUCUAUCUCAGGCAGGUUAUAGGUUUUGGAUCUGUGAAAAUUGUAGCAUUCAUAGCUAUGGUAGGAAUUCUGUCCAUUGUGGCUCAGACAGUCUUCCUUAGCAAAUUGAUGAGAUCACUAGGGAAUAAGAACACUGUUCUCCUUGGUUUGGGUUUUCAGAUGCUCCAGCUUGCCUGGUAUGGUUUUGGAUCUCAGGCCUGGAUGAUGUGGGCAGCAGGAACUGUGGCUGCCAUGUCCAGCAUUACAUUCCCAGCAGUCAGUGCCCUCAUCUCUCGGAAUGCAGAGUCAGAUCAGCAAGGGGUUGCCCAGGGGAUCGUAACUGGAAUACGAGGGCUGUGCAAUGGCCUAGGGCCAGCAUUAUAUGGCUUCAUAUUCUACAUGUUCCAUGUUGAACUGAGUGAGUUGGGCCCAAAAUUGAAUUCUGAUGAUGAUCCCUUACAGGGAGCUUUCAUCCCAGGCCCACCAUUUUUAUUUGGAGCAUGUAUAGUUCUUAUGUCUUUUUUGGUUGCCUUAUUCAUCCCUGAAUACCGUAAAACCAGUGGAGUUCAAAAACAUAACAACAGCACCAGUGGCAGCCUAAGCACACCCCCUGAACGGGGCAGUGAUGAGGACAUUGAGCCAUUACUACAAGACAGCAGCAUCUGGGAGCUUUCCUUUGAAGAGCCUGGAAAUCAGUGCACUGAGCUAUAACCCAGUAGUAAUGGAGAUUCUGCAGACACCAUCUCUGAGAGCCAUAGAGGAAGCUGCACCACGUGGAGACUUCAUGGUGCUGGAGGGGCGAUGCUAGCAGCAUCCUUUGGGCCACGUUUAAUAAGUUAUUCUUCCCAUACCUCUGCCCUUCACUCUUCUGUCUCUCUCUGUUCUUUUAUUCCCAUUCUUUUUUUUUUCUUUCUUUCUUUUUUUAUAUAUAUAUUCUAGGAAAGAUUGAAAAUUCUUCAAGAUUAUUUAGAAUCUAGACUUUAAAACUUUAAUAGAAAAAUCAUGUUGGUGGUAGGAAAGGUGGUCGGUCUUUCCCUUCAGUAACUAGAAUAAGAGUGACAGAUAUUUUUCUGUCUUUUUUGGUAGAAGAUUGGGACAGUAGUGUUAACUGCCUCCUUUCAUUGUCUUUUUGUGAAUCAUUCCCUCUUAGUCUAUAAAUGUUGAUGAGUUGAUAAGAAUCACAUGGUAUCAGGGAUCUACUGAAUUUGUCCAGAGGUUAGAUGAAAACCAGUUUUGCUUUCCCUUUGUUUUCUCUACUUCUUAAGCUUCUCAAAAAUGAACAUUAUUAAUAUUGAUCAGUGCUCACAUUUAUCAGAUAAAGGAAAUCUUUCUUAGAAAAUUUAAGUUAUGUUGAACAAGCAGCUCAGAUUCUUAAACUUUGUGUCCUGAUUGAGGUUAGCCUUGGCAACAUACUAAGAGCCUAAGCAUAUCUCAAGGCAAAACAACCAACCAUGAAGCUUUCUAGUGGCAACAAGGAAAUCAGAGAAUACUUCAGGAAAAGUUUUCUGUUUAUUAUUUUGUUUUAAAAUUUUAAAUAUUCCUAAAAGGGGAGAGAGUAAGAUAGCAGUGUUUAUUUUUAAGUUCAUACUCACAUGUUACUGUAUGCUCUUCCCCGUGUCUCUUUGUCCUACUUCUGUUUCUGUACCAUAUUCCUGCCUUAACUGUUAAUGUAGAAUGUGUUUGUUUUUGACUAAUCUGUAUCUUGGUAUGUUUUUCCGAAUCCCAUAGGAAUGCGCACAUCAAAUUCCUUUCUAAAAUAUGAGGGUUAGUGGAGCUCAGUUUCAUGAUAAGUGUCUUGCUAAUUUUUGAGGUGUUUUAUGGACAAAGAAAACUACAGAUUUUAUAUUUUGCUGCAUAGUAAAUGGACUAUUAAUUUGGGUCUAUCUUCAACAAAGUACUCCUUUGAAAGUUUUAUAGGUAUGAAAACAUGUAGAUAUUUGUAAGGAUUUUAAUUUUUUUUGAUGGGGUGCUGUGUAAAUCUUGUAUUUAUAAAUAAUGAAGGUAUUGACAGAAAAUAUAUACAACUUUUAUAAGGGAUCAUAUAUUGACUGAAUACAUUUAAAGGAAAAUAUAUUUUGAAGCCUGUUCUGCCAUGAACAGAUAUAACAUAUCUUUUUACUAUGCUGUUGGUUUUUAGGUUAAGCUUCCUAAUGCAUAAUAAAUUUUCAAUGGAUACUUAUAUGGCUUAAAAACAAUUUCUGUCAUUGCUCUUUUGGGUUCUUUUGGGGGGGGUGGCUAUCCACACAACUGAGUUAGUAAUCUUUCAACUAAUUAAAAAAUGGUUUUAAAAAAUGA